GUUGUCAAUUUGACAUGUCAUAAAAUUUCAGAUCGAACAGCACACGUUGGUUUCAGGUGAGAUAAAAUGAAAUUCCAUUCGCUUAAGAACCGAAGAACCAAAAGCUAGUAGUAUUUCUUCAAUGAAGUUAUUGAGUCUUGCAAACCCAAAAUCAAGGUGGCUCUUUUAAAUCUCCGGGUAAUUGAAGAAUAAGAAUGUACUGAUGAUGAUGGUGAUGAUGACCUUAUUUUGAUCUUGAAUUUACAGUACAAUGGCAGAGACAGAAGUAAUUAUGUGUGUUAGACGAUGAUGAAGGUGGUGAUUUAGUAACGGAUAAUGAUGAUGAUGAAGAAGAAGAUGGGUCUGAUUUUACAGAAUCUUAUGUUUUGGUGUGAAAAUCUAAUUGUUCUUCACCAAAUAAUCUAACAUUUCUCCUUCUAAUGAGGGGGUGGCUUCCUCAUCCUUUCCGGUCUUCAUCAUCUUCCUCUAUUACUUCAUAUUCAUCAUCAGUUGAGUUCCUUGGGUGUGUAUACUUAUAAAAAUUCUAACUUUCGAUUUCCUGUUAAUUUAAUCAAAAUAGAUAUAAAUUCAGAGAUUGCUUAAGAAUAACAGUAAUCAGCCCAAAUCAGAAAAUCAAAAAAAUAAAAACAGAGCAAAAUUAAGAUGGUUAUUUUAAAAAAAGUAAAAUAUUGGGGGUUAAGUUGAACUGAGCUUAUCAAUGGGUAAUCAGAGAUUUGAAGAAGAACCCAUCAUCACUUUUGUAAUCCUAAAUGUGGAUCUGUUUAUGUUCUUUUUCGUGUGAUUUUCAAAAAAAUAAAAUCAAUGAUUACAACAUCUUUGAAACCGAAACCUAUUAUCAAUUUUCAAUUCUCAAAUCCUUACACACAAAAUUAAUCAACUACAAGAGCCAUCAAUUGGAUUUUCUUAGAUAGUAAAAGAUACUUACUUACAACCCCUAAAUUUCAUCCGAGAUAGUGAAGAAGAAGAGUAAAGUAAAAGAGAGAGAGAAAGAAAGAGUCAGAAAAUUCAUCGUUAAAGUCGAUCACAUGGGUUUCUGCAGUUAUUUCUCUUUCCUAAUUCUUGACGUGUGACGCGAGAAAUCCACAUCUGCUUGCCACGACUAGAUGACACGUCGGAACGCGUGCAAUUAGCUAGGAAAGUGCGCGUUUUCUAGCAUUUUCCUUUUUCUAGCAUUUGCAAGAGUACUUCUAUCAAUUUUCUAUAAUUCGUUUCUCUAAUCCUUUAAUCCUUGUUAAGCUCUCAUAUAAUGGCGACUCAGGGUGCUAACGAAAUUCUAGUUGAUCAUCCUCUAAUUCUAGUUGAUCAUCAUCCUCUACUGCCUCAACUAAAGAAAAAUGAACAACUAUCAAUUCCAAUUGAAGAAAUGUUAGCAAAGUUUGACAGAAGUAGUGAGCAUCUUUGGCGUCCUUAUCAGGAGCUAAUUUGCAUACACAGAGUGCAUGAAAAGCUUCACAAGGCGACGGAGCCUAGUUCAUAUGCUCCUUUAAUGGUAUCUAUUGGUCCCUUUCACAGGGGAAAAGAAUCCCUUAAAGCAAUGGAAGAAUGCAAGCUGCACUAUAUGAGAAACGUUCUAAACCGAACAAGAGAAGAGCAUAAUUUUGAUUCAAUACAAAGGGUAUUCAAGAAUUGCGUUGAAUCUAUUGGGAAGAUGGAAGAAAAAAUACGCCAGUGCUACUCGGAAACCAUCAACCUCGAAAGCAAGGAAUUUAUAGAAAUGAUGGUGGUUGACGGUCUGUUCAUCAUCGGAAUCUUCCAUGCAUUAACAGGAACGAAGCUGGUAGACGACAAGUUUUUAUUUCAUAACAUUUGGGGGAAGAAUACGCUUCUUUGGGAUCUCUUGCUCAUGGAAAACCAGAUUCCUAUAUUUGUUCUCGAACGUUUGUUCAGCCUAACAGCAGAUCAUAAGAACCAUCCAAAGGGCAUGUCCUUUCAAGGGGUUGCGCUGAACUCUUUCAAAGACAAUAUUGAGUUGCCGAGAAAAAUCAACACUAUUACCAAGUUGAAACUAGCAUCUCUGGGGGAAGAUGUCACAUUGCUUCGUAAUCAGGGAAUCAUUACUCAUACUUUGGGUACCGAUGAGGAUGUAUGUAACAUCUUCAAUAAGCUUUGUUCUGACAUAUAUUUGAAAGACGACUACUACGCUGAUAUACAUAAGAGAGUGAACAUAUAUUACUGUGACCGUUGGAAUUUCUGCAAAGCAACAUUGAGGAGAACAUAUUUUGACAAUCCAUGGGCGGGUAUUUAUCUGGUCGCUGCAACUUUGUUUCUCAUUCUUUCACUCAUAGGGGUUAUAAUAAGGUUACUUGAGUACGUUAAAUCUAAAAAGGCGCCCUGAACCCUGACAUAUCAGGGAACUGUUUGUGAAACUCCGCCUUGUUCGUGUUCUUUCCAUUAUGAUCGAACUUAAGCAAGAUGGUUGCUCUCACUUGUAGUUGUUUUGGCUUUUUAACCGUUCAGUUUUGAUUGUUAUGUAUACUCAUCUUCUUUACUAAUGCAAGUGCUUGAUUUGUU